AAAGGAGAAAGGCGGGGUGGGGUGGAGAGGAGGAAAGUCUGAUCAUGUGUUGACCGCCUGUCAUGGCCCUAGUUUUACUCUGAACAGAUGGAUUACCUUAAUGUUUUCUUGACUAUCAGCAUAUGGCCAUAACAGCGUGCGACUUUUACUGGAUUAGAUAUUCCAUUGAGCUGGUGAUUAGAGACCCCAUUAUAAAUUAUGGAGGCCAUGAACUUAGUAGAGGUUGUUUUAAAUCAUGGACAUGAAGAAGAGACUGACGAAUCUGCAGCAAUGACAGAUGCAACAAAAUCUUCCCCGAUUAAAGGAUUGGAUGAAUCUGUAACAAUCACUGUUACAAGGACCCCAGGUAGACCUGGUAACACAGAGAGGCUAACUGGAAAGCCAGCAAACUUCGCCCUGUUGUCAUCUCCUGCUAGAAAUGGAAAGAACUCUGAUGUCACAUGCUCAAGUCCAAGAGAGGAAAUGACCUGUAAUGUGUGUGAAAGGGUUUUUAAGUAUAGAGCAGCAUUCCAGCGACAUGAAGCACAAUGUGGACUCCCAAUUGCCUUAAAAAUAGAAAGGGCUGCCAUUAUUGAAGCAAAAAAGAUGGAAAAAGCUGUUUUGUUUGAAAAACGUAAAUUGGAGGAGAAGCAGGAAAGACUUCCCAAUAAGGAUACUCCUAAACUUAGCUGUCAAACAUGUUUAAAACAGUUUAGUGAUGAAGACACCUACAAAAGCCAUAAUUUUGCUGCAUGUGCCGCCGAAAGAGCCACAUACACCUUUGCUUGUAGUGUUUGUAAAGCUCGGUUUAAAUAUAAAAAUCAUAUGAGACGACAUGAAGAUUCUCACAAUAAUGUGCGCCGUUACAAUUGUGAAGUAUGCACCACUGCAUUUUUACGUCCCGACCAUUUGAAGCGACACAUGAUGCGCAUGCAUGGAAUAGUUCACCUUCCAUCACAAAGUGCACCUGAGAAGUUAACUUUGAAACCAAGUCCAGGACCUCCAGCAGUUCACACGUCAGAUGAAAAAAGUUCUAUUGUGACCACGAAAAAUGUUCCCAUGCAAUGUCCCAUGUGUAACAAAAUCCUCAGUCGUAGAGAUCAUCUACUCCGACACAUGCGUAAUGUCCAUCAUAUCAACAAUGAUUCUAGAAAACGUUCUAGAAAUUCUGAUCCUAUAUUACAAGGUUUUGGUGGGGGUGUGAUGGAUUUAUUUGGCGAUACUUCACAUAAUGUUCAUAAUGAUGAUGAUGAAGAAGAAGGAAGUGAAAAUCAGAGUAUGGAGUCUCAAGAUGGACUGUUGAUUGAUGAAUCAUAUGAAAGUGUCAAAAGAGAAAACGACUCACCAGCACCAGAGACUCAUGCUGAGUCAGAAGAAAACACCACUUCUCACGAUAGUUUUGUUAACGGUGCUCAUCAAUUGAAUGAGCCAACAGAAACUCCCUUAAACUAUUCCUACAAUCAAUUUCAAAAUGAUUUAAAUGUGAAGGUGCAAGCUCAUUUAGCUGAAAAUCAAAUGUUGACGUCGCCUUUCAGUAAUGGAGUGCCAAAAACUAAAGUUGCUUCUCAGAUCGCUGCAAAUAAUGCACCUAAUGUAAGAAGUAAUGCAGAGGUAAAGUCGCGGUAUUUUAAUAAUAGUGACAGCAAUCAAAGUGUUUUGUCUAACAACACACGAAAUUCAGGUCAUGAUUGGAUUUCUGAUCUGGCAAAUUUUAACGGCUGGUAAUGAAACAAUAUUUGUUUGUAGUUUUCAAAUUGAAUCAGUCAACAUUCUCAACAAGCCGUGCUUGGCAUUAUUUAAAUUUUUAUGAACUUCAGUCACUAGUGACACUGUAUUUCCUGAUUACAAGCAGGAAAUGUAUUUCCUUCUUUUCUAUUUCUUGACAAGUCAUCAUUCAUUGUUCAUAAAACCAGUAAAAACUUUCAGUAAGUUUUAACAUCUUCUAAGACUUGCAUCUUUUAAUUUAUUUAGGAAGAAUUUGUUCAGAAUUGUACAACUGGGAAGAAACUGUCUUUUCUUUUGUUAUGCUUCUAAUGUGAACAGGUACUAGAUAUUUGGGACUGUUUCUAAAUUGUUAAAAAUGUCCAACGUUAAUUUCUCAAAAGUUGUGCAAUUGAUACAUAGUCAAUGAUGUUCCUAUUUUUGGUACUGACAUUCAGCAUUGAUGUGUUCAUGAUGUCACCAUAAUGAUAUGUACUGUACUUACUUGAAAUGUAGUCCUCUUCACCUGAUAAAGAGUCUAGGGGGUCCUAUAGGCUCCGUGUAUUUGUUGCAUAUACUACUCUGCCAGUGCAUGGGUGGGUUGCAUACUUGCUCGGUACCAUAAGUCGGCAGAGCAAUCGACGAUAACAACGAUAGGCAAGCGAGCCCGCUAGCAUAAAGCGGUACAUGAUGACAAAAAUGUAGUACAGGGUCUCUGGGACACCCUAUAUAUUUAUUCCAUGAGAUAGCUUUACAACUUGGAAACUCACCAUCAGAGUUUUUGUGAUAUUAAAGAAAUCCAAACUGUUCAUGUUCAAUUCAAAGCAGCAAGAAUUUUCUGUUUUACUCUUUAGGCAUGCAUUUAACUUUAGAAGUCACUUUUAAAGUACUUUUAGGUUUUCAAGUCGAUAUCUUGUGUGUUCAGUAAUUGAGUAGUUAGAUUGUAUGUGAAAUCUUGAAUAUUCAGUAUGCGUUUGCCUUUCCUGACAACUUCUUUGCAAGUUUUCUUAUAUUGUAGUUGAUUUAGAGUAUGUUCCUUUCUUUAAAUAAUCAAGGUACAAUUUUCUUUUUCUCUUUUUGAUAUGUGAUACAGAAGUAGUGUAAACAGUCUGGGGUAUUGCAUUUUUAGUUUUUAGAGACCUGUGAAUAAAAAGUACAAGUAUCCCUUAGGGAAAAAGAAUUUGGUUGUGGUAAAGCUUGGAUUUAUGAAUGUUCAUGGGAAGUGUCAUUUUCAUAUUCAAUUAUUUUCAGGAUUAUUCGAAUUUUGUAUAUACUGUAAUUUUUCAGUUAGGUAUCAACUUUCAACUGCCAUUGAUUAAUUUGUAAGUGAUAUUUUAGAUUGAGUAUGAGGAUAAGCUGUAUCAUUUGAUUCCAUUACAUAUACUACACAUUUCUUUUGGGAUGUGCAGUGGGGUAGUCAAUGUAAUCAAUAUUUGUUUAUGAAGAUGAUUUUAUAUUCAUGAACAUGACAGCAUUUUGUGGUGUGAUAAUACUCUCCAUGUGACCUGUACUGCAGCUGGAAAAAGAGUUGAAUGAAUUAGAUUUACUAUUCCAUUUUGUAGGAUUAUGUUGGCAUGUAGCAUCAUAUUUUACAUCCAUUCAUUAUGUACACUUUCAGAUAAUGUGUCUGAUUACCAGUACAUCCGUACAAAACAUGAUGGUUAUACUGUCAUAAUUUAUUUUAUAUUUUAUUAUCACGAAUAUUACAUAUCUAGGAAGUGCUUUCUUUGAAAUUUUGCCUUUGUCUGCAUGACUGAAAAACUAAGACUGGCCCAAAAAAAGAUAUCACUUAAACAUCUUUUAAAUGAUAAUUCCCGAGUAUUAGCCUAUUUGCCCAAUGAGCAUUGUUGAAAAAUGCACAUUGUGCUAGGUUUUUAUUGAAUUUGUUCAGUCAAUUGUCCAAUUUAGCUCAUCAGAUUUGUGUUGUAAACUAUAAUUAUACAAAAGCUAAUUCCUAAAGGGUUUUCUUUUCAUAACAAUCCAACAUUCUUAUGGUUUAGAUGAUCAAAGAGUGAUCAUAACAUGAAGUAUGAAUAAUUCUGUACAAAUCUACUAUUUACAGAUGUUCUUAAAUGGUAUUGAUUUCACAUUUUGCUUAAAGAUUGUGACCAUUCUAAUGUCUGUGAUGAGUUACUCAACCUAAGUGAGAUAUGUGUUCUUUAGUCUUACUAUGAAUAUUUUCUCUUCAUAAUUAUUUUUUAAACUUAUAAAGUCCCUUUUCUUUAAGAUAUUGUGUGUUGGUUUUUCUUUAAGCCUUGUAGUGUAAAUAUUUGAAGUAAGUACAUUGUUGAAUCUAAA